UCAUUCUAACUCUACGUUGGUCCAGGGUUGAAAGGGAAAAGGUUACACAACUAAACAUGGCUGCUCCCCAAGAUGACAUGUUUUCUCUCUGCGUGGAUCCCGGCAAAGUUAGCAGUUGUGUGGAAGUCCGAUUUAUUGACAAGACCAAGGGGAAAGGCCUGUUUGCCAGGCGGAGCAUCAAGAAAGGAGACACUAUUUUUGUAGAACGUCCCGUUGUUUCAUCUCAGUUCCUGUGGAAUGCAUUAUAUAAAUAUAGAGCCUGUGAGUACUGCAUGCGUGCUCUGGAGGGAGCGGAGGAGAAUGCCAGGAGGCUCAGUGGGAAGCCGGGGCUCAGCCUGCCGUACCCGGAGCUGUGCCGGGUGCAGUCCGACCGCCAGCAGGCCUGCCCACACUGUCAGGUGAUGUACUGUAGCAGCGAGUGCAGGCAAGCUGCGGCCGACCAAUACCAUCGGGCUCUGUGUUUAGGACCCUCCCAUGAAGACCCAGACCAUCCACUCAACAAACUUAAAGAUGCCUGGAGGAGUAUGCAUUACCCUCCUGAGUCCUCCAGCAUCACGUUAAUGGCAAGGAUGGUGGCCGUUGUCAAGCAGGCCAGCGACAAAGGACGAUGGCAGAAGCUCUUCUCGCAGUUCUGCAGUCGCACUGCAAACGAGGAAGAGGAAAUCGCUCAUAAGCUCCUUGGGGAGAAGUUUAAAGGGCAGCUGGCGUUGCUUCAGGGCUUCUUUUCAGCGGCACUUUACGAAGAUCACCUCAGUCAAUGGUUUACCCCUGGGGGUUUCCGCUCCCUGUUCUCUCUGGUGGGGACCAAUGGACAGGGCAUCGGCACCAGCUCCCUGAGUCAAUGGGUUCACGCCUGUGAUGCACUUCAGCUUCCUGCCCAGCAGAGGGAGCAGUUGGACUCUUUUAUCGACCAGCUGUACAAGGAUAUAGAGAAAGAAACGGGAGAUUUUCUGAACUGUGAGGGGUCUGGGCUUUUCCUGCUUCAAAGCUCAUGUAACCACAGCUGCAUACCAAACGCAGAGGCCGCCUUCCCGGACAACAACUUCCUGCUUCACCUCAGUGCCCUUAGUGACGUCCAGCCCGGAGAGGAGAUCUGCAUCAGCUACCUGGACUGCUGUCAGCGCGACCGCAGCCGACACAGUAGACACAAAACUCUGAGGGAGAACUAUCUGUUCGUCUGCUCGUGCCCCAGGUGCACCUCCCAGGCCGACGAGGCUGACGUGACCUCGGAGGAGGAAGAGGAGGACGAGGCCGAAGGAGAGGCGGAGGGGGACGAGAUGGAAGACGAGAUGACGGAUGUCUGAUUCGGGAAUACUGUUAUAAAAGAUUAAAAAAGGAAAACAAAGGGAGCUGGAAGGAGAGACUUGACGCCUCCAUUGGGAAGCCCUUGUGUGACCGGCAUGAUGUUUAGCCACCAGAACCACACACCCACGCGCAGGCUUUGAGCCAAAGCCCAACCCUGACCUCGAUCUCCACAGCGCCACAUCUGUCACAGUUGGUUGUGUGAACAAUAAAACCAACAUUCAUACUAACUAGGUUCAUUAACUAUUCUCGUCUUUUUUUCGUUUUUCGGUUAUGUACUGAAUCCUUUUCCAAGGAAAUAUUUUUUAAAACAAACCAUUCCAAAUUACACUGCAAUUUGAUAUCCGAAAAUAUAGUGUACUUUGGAGGGGUGUUUAAUUGCUAUUCAGGUGAAAAAUGUAAGCGGUAAUAAUUUGUCCCCAGUUGUGAGUUUGAUUGGCCAUUACAAGCCAUUUAAAAAUCGAGCCCACUGAGUAGGCUGUUUCUCCUGUAGGCUGAUCUAUCCAUAGUACAUCUGGACUAGAUGGACACACCCACUUGUGAUGUCACUUAGGCACAGUGAAGGGCAGAUCUUCAAGCAGCUUGUAUUGGCUAAUUACGCUCACACCUGGUGGCAAAAAUAUCCCUCCUUUAAGCAAAGCUCGGGCUAAAUCUGGUGUGAAUCUAGUGAAGCACGUUUUUCACCAGCAAUAGCUUCCAAACGCCCCCCCUUAGCUGUUGGUUUGUAAUCGACUAUCUCGCCUCUAUCUUUUAUUGACAAUAUGACAUCAGCUAGCCAAUAAUGAUCGAAUCCACUUCAGGGUGAAUAAUUAAGAGUUUUGUUUGCAAACAUCCUACUGUAUUCCAAUCCACUUGGUCUUGUUAAACAACCUGGGGCAAUGUAGUAACACAUAGCUCUUCUUUCACCAUUUAGAUAUUUUCUGUGUCUGUACUGUACCACUGGCAGUGAAGAAUGAUUUCUACACUCUUGUGACGUAACUGGUGGAAUCCAUAACGGCUGCCCUGUAAGAGCAGCCAGAAGAGUUGUUUUGUACAAUUUAUAAAAUAAAUCCUCAAAAUUGACGGUACCUGGUUGGGGUAGGCUACCAUAGUGAAGAGUGAAAUCUCAGUCGAGUAAGUUGACAUUUCUUAUUCUGUUUAACUUCUAUUGUGGGGAUGAUGUGAACAAAGCAACAAUCAAUUCUUCACCCAAAGACUAUAAGCUCUUGCCUAUAUCCUCAGUAUUGAGGACACAACUACAUAAGUCUGAUUUCAGCUGGCAUUUAAAUCAAACACCAAACAGACACUGGCCCACUAACACCUUUAAAACCCGCGGCUUCGUAAACUAAUUUUGUGCUGUGAAUUUUCUCACAGUUUCCAAGUUCUGUUGGUACAUAAUUGUUUAUUUUGUUUCUUCUGGGCAGACCCUUUUAAAUUAAAUUAUUUGUUAAAUCAGUUCAUUAAAUGUUUGUGGCCAGCCUGAAUCAACAAUUAGCUGUCGGUGCCAAAUACGAGUAUACAGCAGAUGUUAGCCAAGUAUUCAACUAAGACGAAUUUGUUUUGCAUUGCAAUCAUAAAAUAAACCAAUGUUUUUCUUUUUCAUUUAACAUCAUAGGUUGCUA